CCGCCGUGAAAGGCCUCGAUAUGCGUUCGAAAAAAUUAAUGGAGGACAAUGAUCCGGAGGCCUCUGCGCCGGAGCCUCCGACAUCUCAAGCGACUCCAUGGCUGCAUGGUCGUCCAAGGCUUCAACUCCCAUGGGAAGCCACUCAGGGAUCUCCUGCUCUCCGUCGUCUCCUCCUCCUCGGGCCGAGACAUCAAUAUGGAUUACGCCAACAAGGUGUUCGCUCAAAUAGCUGUGCCAGACCUGUUCAUGUGGAACACCAUGCUUCAAGGCUUCGCCAGCAGCUCCCACCCCAUGCGCGCCUUCUCCCUCUAUUCCCGAAUGCUUCGCGCGAACGUCAGUCCUGAUGUCUACACCUUCCUUUUCUUGCUCAAGGCUUCCUCCAAGUCGUCUGCGGCGGCAGCAGGAGCCCAGUUCCACGCCGUCUGCACGAAGCUCGGCUUUGAUUCUGACGCAUUCGUACGGAAUUCUCUCAUUAAUUUUCACGCAUCUUGCGGGGAUUUGACCGUGGCAAUGGCUCUCUUCGACGGCCCUGCCCGAAGAGACGUCGUCGCUCGAACCGCCGUCAUACGGGGCCACGCCACCAGAGGCGAUCACACCGUCGCCCGCCAGCUGUUCGACGAGUCGCCUUGCAGGGACGUGGUCUCCUGGAACAUAAUGAUCGCUGCAUAUUCGGCGCGAGGGGAGAUGGACAAAGCCAGGGAGAUGUUUGACGCAGCUACUGAUCGGGAUGUGGUGUCUUGGAACACGAUGAUUGCAGGGUACGUGCAACGUGGAUUGCAUGGGCAUGCAAUGGAGGUCUAUGAAGAGAUGCGAGCGGAGGGAUGGCAGCCGGAUGAAGCAACUAUCGUGAGCUUGCUGUCGUCGUGUUCCCUCUCCGGCUCGCUGGACCUGGGUCAGCGGAUACACUAUUCCAUUCUGGAAUCCUCGAGCUCAAGGGCUGGCCUUAGCUUGCUUCUGAAUAAUGCAUUGAUAGGCAUGUACGCGAAAUGUGGGCGCAUAGACAAAGCACUAGAGAUGUUUGAAAGAAUGUCAGAGAGGGAUGUUUGGACGUGGAACUCAGUCAUCGGCGGUCUAGCUUUCCAUGGCCGGAUAGCGCAGUCAAUUACUCUAUUUGAGCAGAUGCGGGCAACUAAAGUGCUGCCAAAUGAUGUCACAUUUGUCGCUGUGUUGUCUGCGUGUAGUCAUGGUGGGAUGGUGGACGAGGGCCGGAGAUACUUCUCUCUGAUGAGAAAUGAGUACAGAAUUGAACCCAACAUCAAGCACGUUGGAUGUGUGGCAGACAUGCUCGGACGUGCUGGUUUUUUGGCAGAAGCAUUCGAGAUUGUUGAGUCAAUGAAAGUUGAUGGGAGUGGGAUAGUAUGGAGGAGUCUUCUUGGAGCUUGCCGAGUUCAUGGUGACAUCGAGCUUGCAGAAUAUGCAAGGAAGAAGAUCAUUGAGAUGCAUGAGGAUUCAAGCGGGGACUAUGUCUUGCUCUCAAAUGUGUAUGCCUCGACGGGCAAGUGGAGAUGUGUUGAGGCAGUGAGGAGGUCAAUGGAUCAAAAGGGACUGAGGAAAGCAGCUGGUCAUACUCUUGUAUAGCUUGGAUCAGAUAAUUGCAAGGUACAACACCCUAUGAACUUUGACUUCUACCAAUCUGAUGUUGUGUAGCUUUGCACGACAAUAUACCAGCCAUUCGGUCCUAAUCUUUGACAUCUGCAGUACUCUUGUUACCAACUUCAAGUCGACUUGAGAGAAGAAGAGCUCUUGAUUGGAUCUGUGUUCUUUAGGCACCUUGAACUUUUUCACAAGGCAAUUCCCAGUUAGGAAAA